AUGGGUUGCUGUGGCUGUGGAAGUGGUGGUGGCUGCGGUGGUGGCUGUGGCGGUGGCUGUGGCGGUGGCUGUGGCGGUGGCUGCGGUGGUGGCGGCUGUGGUGGCUGCGGUGGUGGCUGCGGUGGCUGCGGUGGCUGCGGCGGCUGCGGCGGCGGCGGUGGCAGGUGCAGCAGCUGCAGGUGCUCCCGGGUGGGCUGCUGCUCCAGCUGCUGCCCCUGCUGCCGCGGCUGCUGUGGGGGGUGCUGCAGCGUACCCGUGAUCUGCUGCUGCAGCCGCUCCUGCAGCUCGUGUGGCUGCGGCGGGGGCUGCGGGAAGGGCUGUUGCCAGCAGAAGUGCUGCUGCCGGCAGAGCUGCGGCUGCAAGAGGCAGUGCUGCUGCUAG